CCGCUGCGGGCAACCGUCGAAGAAGAGUAAAUUUCAAGAUGGGGAAAUUUGGGCUACAGUUUAAAGCCACUCUGGAAAAUGUCACCAACGUACGACCGCUGGGACAGGAUUUCCGAUGGUUUCUGAAGCUGAAGUGUGGGAACUGUGGUGAGAUCCCUGAUAAAUGGCAGUAUGUCACCCUGCAGGAAUCUGUGCAAAUAAGAGGAAGAGGGAGUGCCAGCAUGGUGCUGAAGUGCAAACUUUGCGCCAGAGAAAACUCAAUUGACAUCCUGGAGAACACGAUCACACCUUAUAAUGCAGAGGACAGCGACAGAUUCAAGACGAUGGUGCAGUUUGAGUGUCGAGGCCUGGAGCCUGUCGACUUCCAGCCACAGGCUGGCUUCGCUGCAGAAGGAGCAGGGUCUGGAACACAGUUUCCUGAAAUCAACCUGCAAGAGAAAGAUUGGACGGACUAUGAUGAGAAGCUCAAGGAGUCAGUGGGUAUAUAUGAGGUCACACACCAGUUUGUCAAGUGCUGAUGCCAUCGUGGGAUGAGCCCCCCUCCACCCCAAUACUUUUAAGUUUUUCCUGUCACAUUUCAUGACUGGAUAAGUGAACCCACUCUGUGUGUGUGUGUGUGUGUUUUUUUUCUUAUCAAGGACAUGAAGUGAUGUGGUUUACAUCAUCUUGCAUGCUGUGGAUCGGUUAAAUGUACGGCAAAUAAAUUAACAGUAAAAUGUAUUGUUUAAGGUGUUUCUUUGUGUUUGCGAGUGCCUUUAGAUGGGAUGUUAGCAAAGCAGCAUUCAUUUAGCUAACUCUACUGUCUUACUUUUUUUUUUGUCUUUAAUACGGGAGAUAAACUAUGUCUGCCACUGCUGAGG